UUCCUAAUAUACAGCAGCUUGUCUCCUUGAACGGCGUCCCCCGAGUAAAUUCUCUGCAUGAGGCAAAACAGUCAAACAAGCUGAUUCAUUACAAAACGAGAGCUUGCCCAUAAGCACAAGCACUGAGGCACACGCAUCAGAAAUGGCGACGAGACCAAUGAAGACACAACGCUUCCUAGUGCCGGACUUCAACUGUAUUAGACACAAGCCGAGAUUCCCACCGCAUGCUUCCCACGGUCAUACUGACCAAUCUUCACAUCAGGCCUGGUCCCCCAGCGUCCAACAUCUGCUUCCUUGGUCUUCUCAGCUGUACAGGAGACCCCUUCCUUGUUUUUACCGUUGAUGUCUCCUUCCUGCAGGUUGUGCGUGGAAGGUCUGGGGUCCUACACGGUAUUCUUGCUUGUGAUCCUUUGAAGGGCUUAUUAAAAAAUCUACAUGGCUGAAGAUCCAGGCAUUUAAGGAUAAAGACAAAUACACAGACUGCAUCUAAAAAUCUGCACUAGACUUUUCUAGAGGUGUGAUUUUCUAAUCUUCCGCAACACAAAAAUGAAAUAUUUUUAAAGACAGUUUUAAAACUAAGAUCCUGUACACCAUGGCUACUUCACAUGCGGCCCGUGGGCCGCAGCCGGCGGCCCAUUUAUUUGAGGCCUGCAGUGUGGUUUGGUUUUAUGCUGGGGUCUGUACACGGCCCGCGGGUGGCAUCCUUUGAACAUGGCCUCCACUGGGAACACGCUCCCCAAUGGCAAGGCAUCUCGGAGGCAAGUGUGGGAGCAUGUGGCUGUACCUGGCUGCCCUGCUGGGGCUGUACUUCCUGCGCCGAUGGUACCGGGAGCGGCAGACUGUCGAGGGGCUGUCGGAGAAACACGUCCUGAUCACCGGCUGCGACUCUGGCUUCGGGAACCUGCUGGCCAGGCAGCUGGACGCACGGGGGCUGCGGGUGCUGGCGGCUUGUCUCACCCCGCAGGGAGCAGAGCAGCUGAGGCAGGCGACCUCGGAGCGGCUGCAGACGGUGAUCCUGGACGUCACCCGCAGCGACAGCAUCGCCGCCGCGGCCGCCUGGGCAAAGGCGCAAGUGGGGGACAAAGGGCUGUGGGGCUUGGUGAACAAUGCAGGGCUCCUCCUACCCAUGGCCCCCAACACGUGGCUGACCAAGGACGAUUUCCUCACGGUGCUGAACGUGAACCUGCUCGGCCUCAUCGAGGUGACCCUCAGCCUCCUGCCCCUGGUGAAGCGAGCCAGGGGCCGGGUCAUCAACAUGGCCAGUAUCCUGGGCCGCCUGGCCUUCAACGGAGGGGGCUACUGCAUUUCUCCGCCCUGGCUGGUGGUGACGGGCUCGUUCCGUUCCAGGCGCGAACUGCAGCCCUUCGGCGUGAAGAUCGCGGUGGUGGAGCCGGGGCAUUUCCGAACGUCCAUGAUGGAUGUCCAGCGCAUCCUGGAGUCCGUGGAGCAGAUCUGGCGCCACCUCCCUCCCGAGACCAAGGAGAGCUACGGGCAAAGCUACUUCGACAGCUACCACAAGGUCCUCAGAGAGGCCCUCGUGACGAGAUGCAGCACCAACCUCUACCUGGUCACCGACUGCAUGGAGCACGCGCUGACGGCCCGCCACCCCCGCACCCGCUACUCCGGGGGCUGGGACGCCCAGUUUUUCUUCAUCCCCCUCUCCUACAUGCCCACCAGCUUGGCGGAUUGGGUGUUGACCUGGGGCAGGCCCCGUCCCGCCCAGGCCAUAUAAGUGCGUGGAGGAGAAUGAAGAGGGGGCAGGGAAGGGGGCAGCCCAGGAGAGGAAGAAUCCGGGGAAUUGGGAAAAGCCCAGGUGCAAAUAGCAGCUUUCCUGGGGCUGCCCCGACUGCCUGACUGCACCUG